AUGCUACGUAUUCCUUCGAGAAUUGGAAGCAGGCAGGUGUUGGCUUGUGCCGGUCGCAAUCUGAAAUGUGGUUCGGUGAUGAGACAUAUUUCCAGGAGAAAUAUUUCUAAGGAGCCGGAGAAAGUGUACACCAAUUUGGCUGAUGUGAAUGAUCCCAAGCGGGAUCAGUUCUUCAAGUAUACCUGGGGUACUUGGUUGCAAAAUGACAAGCUUGAGAAGGACAAAAGGACUACAAAGUUUUCUCUGAAUGGACUGAACUCUGUCCUAGAUGAUAUCUAUAGACAAGCCACUAAAAAUACUAAGGAUAAUUUCAAAUCUGAAACUGAAAUUGUACCACAACCUUUGACGAACAAGAAUAGAACUGUAUCCAUGCCAAAUAAUAUCGCUAUCACUAAGUUAGGUACCUUGAACCCCAACGAGAAAUCGGUCACUAUCAAGACUAUUGCCAGUGUCCACGAAGGUAAGCACCACAGGAUAUAUAAAGUUCAAACUAACUUAUCAGACGAAAAAUCCUUUGUUCUAAGGAUUCCCUAUCAACUAGACGAUGAUAAGGCAACAAUUUCUCACCGUAUUAGAAGUGAAGUUGCUACUCUAGAUUUCCUAGAUCUCCAAUUGAAAAUGAAGGUUCCAAAAGUUAUCUGCUAUGCAGCUGACGAUGGUAAUCCGCUUGGGGUUCCAUUUAUAUUGCAAGAAUACAUAGAUGGCUCGUUGCUGAUGAAAGAUUGGAACCCUCUAAUGGACGAUAAGGCUUUGAUGGUCGAAACCGGCGAGGGGUCAACCGAGAAUCCUGAGUUGGCUUCUUUGAAUAAAGUUGUCAAGAGUAUGGCAGAUUUCCAUGCUAAACUUAACAGCAUCUCAUUCAACGCCGCGGGUUCUAUAUAUUUCAAGAAUGACUCAAAUUUGAAUUCUGAGACAGUCAUUGAUAACAUUAGUAAUGAUCUGGCUUCUAACUUGAAGGACAGGUGGGUUCUAGGACCUUCUGUCGAGAGGCGUCUAUGGAAAAAGAAGAGCGACUUAGCUAUUGAAGAAAGAUUGAAAUAUCUUGGUCCAUGGAAGGAGGAUAAAGAGACAUCUAUAUCUGCCCAAAUUCUAAGAGACACUGCCAUUCUGGAGUUGAAAAAUGCUGAGGCCAGAUUAGCAAAAUCCGAACAAAAUGGUAGCAAGGAUAAAAACACAGAAACAUUAAUAAAAAAGCAAAUAGAAACAUUCCAAAAUGUGGAAAAAAUAUCGGGCGAUUUGAUCUCUUCUGAAAUGAAGGCUAUUCCAAACAUAAAGGAUCUCUUAAAGCCAACCAUCUUUCAUCCUGAUUUAGAUCCAAUGAAUGUUCUAAUAGAGAACAAAACAGAAACUCCGUUUAUGCUAGAUUUGGAAGGUGCUGUAGUAAAACCUUUCAUUCUGCAAAGUUCACCUCAAUUUGUUGCUUACGAUGGCCCUAAGAUUUACAACAUGAAGAGUGACAUACCUGAAUUUGAAAAGCUGUCAGAAGAGGAAAGAAAACACUACGAAUUUAUGUAUAAACGUACUAGAAACCAAUUUCUAUGGGAAAAGGCAGUCAACGAGCGUUUACCAAAUUUGAUUAUGACUGUUGCUCCACCAGUUAAAGUACUAAGAAGACCUUAUACUGCUGUUCUGGAACAAAAGACUGAUAAUGACUACAUUCUGGUUGAUGACUCCUUCUUCCAAUUGAGAGAAGCCUGGGCUUUCUUUUUUAAAAACGGUCUUGUUACCAAAGAGGAAUUCCCACUAACUUUCACUGAUGAGCAAGUCAAACAGCAUGCAGAUGACUUGAAUUCCCUACAUGAGAAAUUAGUGUCCACUCCGUUCGCUGCUACCCAAGGUUGGGUUCCUCAGGAUAUGUUUGAUAACCUUGUCAGAGCAGGUGUAAUCAUCAAAGACAGUACUGGAAACUUCACAGUUAACGAUAUCAACCCAUCUGCUUAG